ACUUCCGGGUUACUUCAGGCUUUUUCUGGUGUGUUGUGGUUUACCGCGUGGACGCAAUGUGGGCCAGCGGGGACUGCGUGACAAUCUCUUUAGCACGGUGCUACUUGGCUAAUAAUACCAGCACAUGUGCCCAGGUGCCAUGAGUGAAGAUAGUGAGGUAACAUACGAAUGUUGACAAGAUCAAUUUUGCUGCUCGUCACUUGCUGAGUCCCCGUCGAAAUGAUAAAGGCCAAAAGAAAGUGUACAUAGUAUGCCGUUGGGAACAUAGCCACUAUCAUUCGUCUCAGUUUGGCACUGACACUGGGGGCGCGGCAAAGCGCUCAUUGACGAUUUUAUAACGCUCGGUCAACAUGACCACGUGAGCCAUCCGUGAAGGACAAGUUACAAAAUAAAUUCACCGGGAAAUGGCAAUGGUGUGGUGAUAAUUUUUUUUUACAGUAAGUCUAACUACGAUGAAAUCUAUCAGUACCUGACAGACAUUUUCUGGGAUUUAACUUGCGCUGGUGAAGUUUGAUAUGUGAGGAUGCAUUUCGCCGAUUUCGCUGCAGGAUCAGUUGGAGGAGCCUGCGGGGUCGCAGUGGGUUACCCCUUCGAUACAGUUAAAGUGAGGAUCCAGACUCAAAAGAAUUUCACUGGAAUAUGGCAGUGUGCUCUAAGAACCAUGGAGAAAGAAGGGCUCCAUGGCUUCUACAAGGGGAUGUCCCUGCCCGUCACCACCGUGUCAAUUACCUCCUCGGUGGUCUUUGGCACCUACAGGAACUGCCUGCAGUACCUCAGUCAGCUCCGGGGUCUCGGAGCCCCAAACACCAAGCUGGACAUCUUCCUGGCAGGUCUGGCCGGCGGCGUAACGCAGAUCUCCGUCAUGUCGCCUGGUGACAUCGUGAAGGUGCGUCUGCAGUGUCAGACAGAGUCCAUGCGUGGUGGCUCCAACCUACCCAAACCCAAAUACCGCGGACCUGUCCACUGCCUCCUGUCAAUCAUCCGGCAGGAAGGGCCCCAGGGCCUCUAUAAGGGGGCGUUUCCCCUGGCUCUAAGGGACGGCCCGUCCUUCGCCACCUACUUCCUGACCUAUCAGACGCUGUGCGAGUGGCAGACGCCCGCCGGACAGAAGGAACCAGACUGGACUGUAGUGCUGUUGGCGGGGGGGGUCGCUGGAAUGACCGGCUGGUCGGUGGGCACGCCCAUGGACGUGAUCAAAGCUCGCCUGCAGAUGGACGGAGCGCGAGAGCAGAAGCGAUACCGCGGCUUUGUCCACUGCGUGACGGAGACUGCGAGGGUGGAGGGCCCGGCCAUAUUCUUCAAAAGCCUGGGCAUCAACUGCCUGCGGGCCUUCCCUGUCAACAUGGUGGUGUUCGCCGUGUAUGAGCUUGCCUUGCGCGUCCUCAGAAAACAAGACUCAGUCACAUACGUCUAACGCAGCGAGACGCAUUAUGCACUAAUGCUGUGUGUGUGUGUGUGUGUGUGUGGGGAGGGGGGGGGGGUUCAUUUAUGCAUCUUUUAUAUACUGUUUAGCCGCUGGACAUGCACACAAGGGAAAGGGACAUCAGUGUUUGAGAUGUGAAAGAGCUUUGCUCAGUGAGACUACCUCAGAAAGUCGGGUGAAUGCUGCUUUCCAUUCACCUCGGAAGUCAGAGCUGGGAAUGAUGUUGAACCCGAGUUCACCGCGUUCAAGUACGGAGUCGGAAGUUGGAAGAGCAACCAUUGUUGACAGUUGCUAGCAAUACAAGUUGUUGACUAUUGUUAGUAAUAACAGUUGAUAACAACGCAUUACGUGGUAUUUUGCACAUACAAACACCGUAGCAACAUGUCCACAGAUAAAAGUUGGACAGUACUGUGUGUGACUGAUUUAAUGAGACACAUUAAUCACACAAAUAAGACAGAAGUUUUUAUAAACAGCGUAUUACUACAGUUUUCACUGUGCAACGUCCUACCCAACUCCAACUUGAGAGGAACGCAGCAUGGCAUGUGGGGCAUCAUGGGAAGUGUAGUUUAUGUGCCCAUCCUCAUGAUGGAGGCACAGUCUUAAGUCACCACAGGAAGCCACAAGCUUGUUGGACUUACUGAACGCUGACUCUGGAACGAAGCUGGCCCAGAUUUGGUGCGGACCCAGGUCACAUCCGGUCCAGAACCAGUCUAGAGACAGCAGUUGUUUAGGCCUCUUUAGCCAAUAUGAAUUCAUUAUGGGCAACAAAGGGAGUGCUAAACCUCUGCAAAAGCAAUACAUUUAUCUGAAAUGAUGAGAGAGGUGAGAAAUGUAUACCUAAUUGUGAACUAUUUGAUGUAUGUAUGAACUGUAUGUUAACAUGUAUAUAUGUAUGUAAGUCAACUUUUUAAUUAAGUUUGUGAAAAAACAGACAGAAUGGGGAAGAGGGGCAUAAGAGCAUUAAUUGUUUUCUUUUAUUUAUUUUAAUUCCAUGCUGUUACAUGUUAUGAUAGGUAUGAACAUAUAUAAAGUGAAUCUGUUUGGUGAGAUUGUAAUAUGCUGUUUAAAACACACAGCUGUUUGAGCUUGUCUGUCCCCCACAUUGAGCUACUUAUGUGCCUAGUGGGGAAACAAAGAAACUGUCAUGGCCACCACCUACUCAGAUUAUAAAAUAAAUGAAAUCCAUCCAGAUUUCAUUUUCUGUCGCAGUACAUGGAUUUUCAAAAACUUG